AAUCUCCCAAACAGACAACCAUUUCCAAAUUCCACACAUAUAUAUAUAUAUAUAUACAUGCAUAUAUUAUUUAUAUCAUAUAUAAUGGAUGAUCUCGCUGCUGUGGCACAAUUUCCAUAAUGCUUCGUCUUCAAUUCCACCCAUUCCUCCUUCACUUCAUUCUCUUCUCAUCGGCUUCCGCCGCCGCCGCCGAACUGCGCUGCGGCCUCUGCGGCGGCGAGACGGCGGUGCCGUACCCAUUCAGCACCGCCGCCGACUGCGGCGACCAGGCCUACAAACUCCACUGCAAUUCCACAACCGCCGAACUCCAUUUCAUAUCCAACACGGGCGUGUUGUAUCCAAUCGAGUCCAUCUCCGCCGACUCCCGCCGGAUGAUUCUCCGGCCGCCGUCCCUAAUCCCCGGCGCCUGUUUAUCCGCCGAUUUCGCCGGCGGCGGCUUCCGCCUCGACGAAUCGCUGCCGUUCGAAAUCUCCGGCAGCAACACGAUUCUAUUACUGAAUUGCACUGAAAACACGCGGCAUUCGCCGAUCGACUGUUCGAACAAUUCCCCCUGCCGGACUUACACCGACAACGCGCCGCCGGCGGCCGCCUGUAAGAAGGCGGCGCCGCCGUGCUGCUCUUUUCAGACAGGCGGUUCGGACAAUGCGAGCAUUGUCCGAAUCGACGCCAAUGGCUGCUUGGCAUACCAAAGCUACGUCGAUUUGGAUCCGGCGCGGCCGUUUUCGGAAUGGCCAGCGCCGAGUUUGGAAGUGACGUGGACUGCGCCGUUAGAGCCUGUCUGCACGACGUCGUUAGACUGUAAUGUCCUGCCAUUCUCCGAGUGCUCGCCGGACCCCGCCGGCGGCCGUCAAAGAAGGUGCCUCUGUAAGAACGGCCGGAAUUGGGAUCCUGUAAAUGGCGAAUGUCAAGGAUGUCGUAAAGAGAAAGGCUGCAAACGCCACAAGAGCCAAGGUGCAAUCUAUGGAUCCGCGGCAGCGCUGAUUGCGAUCCUAGCCGUAAUCGGAUUCAUCGUGUCGCGACACCGGCAGCACAAAACCACCAUCGCCGCGGCGAGGAAGUCACUAAUCAAAGAGCGCGAGGAAAUCCUGUCCGCCAGCGCCAGCGGGACAUCGUCGAGGCUAUUUUCGGGGAAAGAAAUCAAGAGAGCGACCGACGAUUUCUGCAGCAAGAACUUACUCGGCUCCGGCGGGUUCGGCGAGGUUUUCCGGGGAAUCCUCGAGGACGGCACCGACAUCGCCGUCAAGCGAGCCAAGCCGGGUAACGCCAAAGGCACGGCGCAAGUCCUCAACGAGGUUCGGAUCCUCUGCCAGGUCAACCACCGCAGCCUCGUCCGAUUGCUCGGCUGCUGCGUCGACGACCUCGAGCAGCCGCUCCUGAUCUACGAGUACGUCCCGAACGGAACGCUCUUCGACCACUUGCAUCGACCCGAAACCCGCAAGAAAACGCCGCUGACGUGGCUGCAGCGGCUGCUCAUCGCCCACAAAACGGCGGACGGCCUUGCCUACCUCCACUCCUCCGCCGUGCCCCCGAUCUUCCACCGCGACGUCAAAUCGAGCAACAUACUCCUGGAAGACAACCUCGACGUUAAAGUGUCCGAUUUCGGGCUGUCGAGACUCGCCGAAAUUAGCGAAAACGAUUCGACUUACAUACACACCUCGGCUCAGGGCACGCUCGGGUACCUCGACCCCGAAUAUUACCUCAAUCUUCAGCUAACUGACAGGAGCGACGUCUACAGCUUCGGCGUCGUGCUGCUCGAGCUCCUCACCUGUAAAAAAGCCAUCGAUUUUAAUCGAGAAGAAGAGGAUGUUAACCUGGUGGUGUACAUGAAACGGAUUUUCCACGAAGACAAGCUCUUGUCCGUAAUCGAUCCAAUCCUUCGAGAUGGGGCGUCUGAAAUCGAAAUCGAGACAAUUAAAGCUGUUGGGAACCUCGCCGCCGCAUGUCUCGACGAUCGGAGGCAGAAUCGUCCUUCGAUGAAAGAAGUCGCCGAAGAGCUCCAAAUCAUCAUUAAUAUCAUCGCGGCAAACGCUUCGAAAACAUAGUCAGU